AUGUGUUUGUUGCGACAGACCUCCGAGAAGCGCCGCCUGAGGCACUUCCUUGGUCUGGCCAUCGACCUGAACACCGCCGAGACAAAUGUUCUGCAGGGAGCGGAGGCACGCCCCGUGGUUGCUACUAUGGAAGGCCUGGCAGACCAGCUUGCGACGGUCGGGCCGGAACCUUUGUCGGUUGUCGACGAAACUAGGGACCAGAUGUUCGACCUUAAGGCUCAGGAGUCAACCCUCCAAGACGUACUCCUAGGGCGCAACCGUGACCUCGAAGCGCAAGAAUCCCAAGAAGAAGAGCAGAACCGAUCUCUGGGGGGGAGGGCAGGUGCUUCUCUGGAAUUUCAGAAGUCCUACCUUCUGCGGCGCAUCAAGGUGCACCACAAGUUCAUGGUGGACUUGCUGGGCUUCAUGGACAAGAAGGAGGCGGUGGUGGGGCGCGCCGUACUUCGCUUGGAGGCCGCCCUAGCGACGUGCGAUGCACGGGACGAGGUUAUUUCGGCUGCAGACGAGAGAAUGGCCAAGCACAUAUUAGAGCUAAUAGAUCGCGCACAAAACCAGGAACCAGCCCCAGCUCCGGUUGAACCCCCCGCCUACUCUGUCACCACGGCACUCAACAAAAACAACGUGGACGCCACCUUCUUGGCUACACGAGCUCUGUCGCCGGUGGAUACGUGGUACGUGCUAUCCACUUGCCUGGGACAAGGAACUUUCGGCGGCGUCUUCAAGAUAGAUGUCCUCACCCUGGGGGAGAGCUUCGCCAUGAAGCUAAUCAAGGAGGGAGAGGGCGAGAAUGCUCGAAGGCGGACGCGCAGGUCGCAAGAGUCCCUGCUUGGGGAGAUGGUCAUCUGUGUCUGUGUCCCGCCACACCCGAACGUCCUCCAAGCCGUCGGAGUGGAUGACAGGGAGCUGGACUGCAUGAAGAUCGUCUACCACCUUGCAGAAGGCGCUUUCAGCUGCUGCGCGUGGGGAAGCACAGAAGACAGCGCGGGGACGAAGAUGCGGUAUCUGAGCGAAGCCGCCAUGGGUUUGACCCACCUUGCCAACCACGGCUAUGUCCACAACGACAUCAAGCCAUCGAAUAUCUUGCUGGUUGACUCCACGCAGGAUGGGAACAAGACAACGCGUGCAGUACUGGCGGACUUUGGAUGCGCGUUAGGAGCUAUUAACGCGCUGCGACAGAAGGUGCCUCGACAACAUCGACGACGACCGUCGGUUCGACAAGUACAUCACCACCUCCUGGACGAGCUUCAUGACGUGAAGCAGGAGAUGGCACCAUCACUCGCUCAAGUACUGAGCGGUGAAGGUGGCGGCGACGGCGGCGGCCCUAUUGUGAGGGGCGGUGGGGGCAGUGAUGGUGGAAAUGCUAUGCUUCCGUUGAGCAUGCAGGCAACGGGAGGGGACGCGGCGGCGGUAGGCCGGACGGGUGCCGGCGGGUCUGCCGCCACGGCGUUGCCGAAAUAUUCUGCUGGUGGAGCGACGGCAGCAGCGGUAGCAGCGGACGGCAGGGCAGGCGUGCUGCCGUCUUCGAACAACGUGCCGCGCGAUUCCCCGCUCAUAGGUGGAGAAGUACGAGCAGGAGAGGAGAGGGUGCCCCGGGCGAUUCAGGUCGGCAGUCAGCAUGUGCCCCCCACGUACGACGGUCACCGUGGCCCGGGAGGUAGGGGGUUCGAGAACCUCCAGCCAGCGGGACGCGUCGGCGGGGACGGCAAUGCCGCGCGUGUCGGUGCAUGUCCACAGGCCCCGUCACGCUGCCACCACCCUCAGCGACAAGGAUGCGCACCGAGGGCUGCCACUGCCCCACGCCACCGCCGGCACAACCACCACCACCAGCACCGCGGUGGCAACGAAGAGGCCGUUGUUGGUAUCGGUGUGAAGCCAGACGGCCGCCGCUCCGCUGCCGCAGGCGGGAUGGGAAACACCGGCCGCCGCCCCCAGCACGACGCUCCCCGGGAAAACAUGAGCAGUGCGUUUGGUGGAACCGGCACUGUCGUCCCAUCGCCGCCCUGCGUGCGCCCACCGCCGGGCUACGAACAGUACAACACACCGGGCCACGCACAACACAGCGCACCGGGCUACGCGGAAUGCAACGCACCGGGCUACACGCAAUGCAGCACAACAGGCUACGCGCAACGCAGCACACCAGGCUACGGGCAAUACAGCGCACCGGGCUACGCGCAAUGUAACGCACCGGGCUACGCGCAAUGCAGCACACUGUUUGCGGUUCCCCCCCUCCGCCGCCGCCGCAGUGGGGUGCAGGGAGACCGAUGGGGGUAG